GCGGGACGGCGGGGUGCUGUCCGCCCGCCACAGCCCAGCAGGAGCUUUUGCUGCCGCCGCGGAAGGGCGGGAUGGAGACAGGGGCGAGGACAGGGCGCAGCGACAUGGCCGGGAGAUACGACGUGGUCGUGGUCGGGGGCGGCAUCUCAGGUUUGUCAGCUGCCAAAUUGCUGUCUGAGUCUGGGGUCAAUGUGGUGGUUCUUGAGGCCCGGGAUAGAGUCGGAGGAAGGACAUUCACUGUUAGGAACAAUCAGGUUAAUUACGUAGAUGUUGGUGGAGCAUAUGUGGGACCUACCCAAAACCGGAUUCUCAGACUGGCAAAAGAGCUGGGUAUUGAGACCUACAAAGUGAAAUUCGAUGGCAAUAUGAUCCAUUAUAAGGGGGGGAAGUCAUGCUGUUUCACAGGUAUUUCCCCUCCAACAUGGAAUCCCUUAGUUUACUUGGACUGCAAUAACUUCUGGAGGACCAUGGACAAGCUGGGAAAAGAGAUUCCUUUAGAAGCACCAUGGGAUGCUCCACAUGCUGAAGAAUGGGACAAAAUGACCAUGAAAGAGCUGAUAAAUAAGAUUUGCUGGACCAAAGCUGUUAGAGAAUUUGCCACCUUCUUUGUGAAUGUCAACGUCACGUCUGAGCCUCAGGAAGUCUCCGCUCUCUGGUUCCUGUGGUACGUGAGGCAGUGUGGGGGCACAGCCAGGAUUUUUUCUAUUACCAAUGGAGGCCAGGAGAGGAAGUUUAAAGGGGGCUCUGGUCAGAUAUCAGAGAAAAUAAUGGAACGCCUCAAAGGCAGAGUCAGACUCGAGAGACCUGUGGUCCGUAUUGAUCAGACAGGUGAUAAUGUCAUUGUGGAGACUCUAAACCAUGAGAUAUAUGAGGGCAAGUAUGUGAUCAGUGCUAUUCCCCCAAUCCUGACAACAAAGAUUCAUUACAAACCAGAACUGCCACCAAAGAGAAACCAGUUAAUUCAGCGUUUGCCUAUGGGGUGUGUCAUAAAAUGCAUGAUGUACUACAGGGAAGCCUUCUGGGAGAGGAAAGGUUAUUGUGGUUCUUUCGUCAUUGAGGAUGAAGAGUCUCCAAUUGGAAUAACUAUAGAUGACACGAAACCUGAUGGAUCUUUCCCUGCCAUUAUGGGUUUCAUCCUUACCAGAAAAGCUGUUAAACUGGCCCAUCUCAGUAAGGAAGAGAGGAAGACGAAGAUCUGUGAGGCAUAUGCCAAGGCAAUGGGGAUGGAAGAGGCUUUACAUCCUGUGCACUAUGAAGAAAAGAACUGGAGCAUGGAACAAUAUUCAGGGGGUUGUUACACAGCCUACUUCCCACCAGGCAUAAUGUAUUCUUAUGGAAGGAUCAUUCGCCAGCCCAUUGACAGAAUCUACUUUGCUGGCACGGAGACAGCUACCCAAUGGAGUGGAUACAUGGAAGGAGCCGUACAGGCAGGAGAGAGAGCAGCCAGAGAGAUAUUGCACAGAAUGGGGAGGAUCUCAGAGAAUGAAAUUUGGAUGCCAGAGCCAGAGUCAAAGGAUGUCCCAGCCCUACCGUUCACCACCAGCUUCUGGGAGAGGAACCUGCCCUCUGUGCCGGGACUGCUGUGCCUGCUUAGCUCAACCAUGUGUUUCACCUCUGUGGCUGCUGCAGGGCUGUUUGCCUAUAAAAAAGGACUACUAGUUCGAAACUAGCAGAGACCGUGUGUCUGGUGAAAGCUGCAUACUCUUUCUUCUUCCCUUUUACCAGAUGAGUGCUAUUUUUGGAGAGAAGUGGCAUGGACAGCUGGAAAGGGCAAAUGUUCUUGUGAUUUUUCUUUUUAGUACCACAAUUAAGGUAUCAAAUCUCCUGCCAUUGCUACUGGCUAACCAGAAAAAAGUCAGCUGUGGAGGUGUUUUUUAAAUAUGCCUUUUCCUUGUCCAUUUGUUUUGAUUGGACAUGAUAAUACUGAUGGCAUAUUCCUGAUGCAGGCAAAGCAAAAUGCAAAUCACGCCUUUGUCAAAAGGCAAAUGGGCCUUGGAGAAUGCAUUCAUUAUCACUCACCACUUAAUUUUUUACCACACAAGGUAAUAAAUGCCUUUAUGUAUUCACCUUGGUUAGCAGCUCAGAAUAUCUGAGGUUAUUCCCUGCUUUACAGAAUAGAUUAGCAUGCCAAUCAGAUGUAGAAUUGCCAAAUUAAUUUUCAAAUGCCUUUGAUUAAUUAUUAAUCAUCACAAUGUGAAACUUUACCAUGAGCUGGAUGAAAAGAGGUAAUUAGCAGGAAGCAGCUCUCUAAACAGCAAGAGGAAGCAUGAGUGGACUUUAUUCUGCCCACUUUCUAGCAAAUAGCUAUGCUUACCUAUUCUGAAGUAUGUCUGCAUCUGUGUGGCACUGCCAUGGUGUGGUUCUGGCUUACUUCCUGGCCCAAGAGCACCCAAUCCAGCCCAGACAUUUGCUGUUGAAGCAGAGUGAAAUGAAUUAGCAAAGUUAAAGCCCCUUCAGAUGGCAGCAGGUGCUAGCUGUUGUUUUCCAAAUGGCAGCAGCUUCCUGGCUCCCUGUCAAUUCACUGCCCCUCAUUUUGCUUGUAAUCUGUACCGCCUUCCUCCAAUAAGGAGAAAUAUAUUUGGGGCUUGAAUUACUGCCUUGUAAAUUACAGUAAUUGAAUGCAUCUGCCUGUUCUGCUCUUAUUCUGUACAUGAUACACUUAAAAUAAUCACUUUAGUGUUUAACUGAAGUCUGGAAUAUAUGUUUCACAGCAUACUACCAUUCUGCUGUCUUUUUGCCUUGAAAUGUGAGCAUUGUGUGUGUCCAUGGACUCAUCUGUCACUCGACACGGGUGAAAUGUGCCUUUCAAUGGUCCUGAAACCUUGAUAAGAGGAGCUCUUCUAUAAACUUUUCUUCAGAUUC